GUGGAAGACUAGAAGCGUAUCAUUAUCGGAGACUUGUUCCAGGCUUAACGUUCGGAUAUCCCUGUACACCUACAACAGGACAAAGAUCAACGAGUUCUUGUCCGCAUUGAUAUAUCUUGCUACCAAAACCAACCAGGCUCUGUACAACUCGCAGCAAGAGUGGAUAAGCAUCACAACUAGGGACAUUUGAGUGCAUUUUACACGACAUGAUAGCGCUACAGCUGGAUACCCAUAGCAUAUACCUCCUGCCACUAAUAAUAAUGCUUAUCACCUGUCUUUCUACAUUAUCAAAACAUAUGGUACAAACGAUGUAACGCAAGUAGGACAAUCGGAACUCAAAGUUCAUGCAAAAGAUCCUAGGUGCAGAAAAGUUCCGCACUUUCUUGGACUCCUUGGUCCAGGAUCGCCUCCACAACAACGUGGUAGUCGAAAACGUGAAGAGCUGCAGGCGCUUGAGGAUACUUCUAAUAACUAUUAAAACUUCACGGGGGAUUUUUUAAUUCAUUGCAUUCUUAUUACUUCGGUUUAUCUACCCGGUCCGUCUGGUUCUCCCUCGGAUGUAGGUUUAGGAUCUGUUCUGCCACGCUUCAUCUUAGAGAUGGCUAUGAAUGCCCAGUCAGGUCUCGAUUAUCGCUUUUUCGAUAGCACUCGAUUAUGUGUGCUUUGGUUGCGUUUCGUGUUCGCGGUUAGAAGGCUUUUUGUUGGGUUUGAUCGGCUUCAGUGGUAGGGUGUCGAACACUUGCGGGAAAACGUCGAGGAGCUCAAUUGUUUACGGUAUCUGCGUGGGCAAUGAGAUGAUUGCAAAAACUAUAUUUGUAAUCAUCAAACGAUCGUUAGCUGUGGAUGACAUCUUCAGGGAGUGAGAUUUUACGGUCACAAUGACUCCGCCUAUGUUCAAUCGAUCGGAGCGUCACUGGCUUGGUGGCCAAAUAGUCCUUGAGCUUAUUUCAGUUGCUUAGCCAGCUAUUUGGAGAGGAGUGAACGUCAGAACGGAAGUUUGGGAGGUGGAAAACGCAUUGAUCUAUAUACUCUCUAGAGUGGCGAUGAUCCGAAGCAAAGAGCUAAUUACUUCCCACGCGAAGUGCGCAUUGUAUCCCUACGCAUCAAAACGCUACGCCUACUAUCAGGAAUAGAGUUUCUCAAUUCAAGGAAAAGAUUAGGCAAUGAUUGCUUUUUCUUCUUCUUGGGUUUGCGCAGUAUCAGUAUUCUGCCCAAGUGUUCGACUUAUCCAGCAAGCUUUCAGGGUCAAAAUCCUUCCUCUAGUGUUGUCUGUGAUCGGUGUUGUGCGAUGUUGAAUUAAUCGCGGUCCCAUACAUAUUUAAGUCCAGAGCCCGAGUUAGAAGUAUGCUUAGGUCGAAUGCGUGAAAAUGCAUCUCGGUUUUCCGUGAUCAGGCUCCUCUAAGCAAUGCAAAGAAGAGCUCAUCUCACGUCGGGCGAAUGCUUGGUGACUAGACUUGGAAUUCCUCUCUGUACUUGCAGAUAACCUCACCUCGAUCAAAAUCUCUUGAUCAAGGUUAUCCUUGAUGACAUGAUAUCUUGCGAGUCAUGCGCGAAGGGUGCUACAUUGCGAAAUUGCUACUCAUAUCCAUAACGCGCGGUCGCAUAUCUGCUCGCAUGAUCAGACUGGUAAUGCGCAGACAUAAUGCGCAAAAUAUAAUAAUCGUUGAAUUGACAACCGUUUGAAACGAUGUACCGAAUUCAUACAUAAGAUUCACGACUUUAAGCGGAUGAAAAUAUCGCUUGAAAGUCACAGUAAGUUGAAGUUGUAAUGACCUAUAAGCUCUAUGUAU